AUGUCUGGAAAUCCAGCCAACUGCAAGAUCUGCUUCAGCCCGAUGCCGUCCACGACAGUUCCCACGCUGCAGCCUUGCGGUGACAAGGGCAUCCACGAAGUCUGCUGGGCCAAGAACACGCGCGACGGCACCGAGAAGACGGUACUGUGCCCGGUCUGCGGUAGAGAGGUGGACGUGUCGUGGGGAGAAUUGGCUCGUCAUAUGGGGUUCCGUUUUGAUAAUUGGAGGUAUACGCUGCCUGCGAAGCAGAGGUUGGGCACCUGA